UGCUCAUCACAUGCAUGAGCCAUCUCAAGAUAUUAUAUUUCCACAUUCAUACUUACCUUAAAUUCCACUCUACAAAUUACAACCCAUCACAUUUUUCUUUAAAUUUAGUCUAGUAAAGAUGACCUAAACUUAGCUUAAUCACUAGCCAUUGCAGCAUUACAAUGAGAGGGCUCCCCCUUUGCUCUCCCCAAUGCCUUUCCGGGUUCAUCUUCGUCGCGCUACUAGUAUGCUUGUUCGUGCCACCCCUUGCCAUGUCAGCAGACCUGACCUACCCUAAACAACAAGAGAGAGAUAGGAUCAUAAAACUCCCCGGGCAACCGUCGAACGUGAGAUUCUCGCAGUACUCGGGCUACGUCACCGUGGAUGCGAAGGCGGGCCGGGCCCUUUUCUAUUGGUUGGUGGAGGCGAGCAAGAAGCCCGAAUCAAAGCCGCUAGUCUUGUGGCUCAAUGGCGGGCCGGGUUGCUCCUCCAUUGCUUAUGGAGCAUCCGAGGAAGUCGGCCCGUUUCGUGUCCGGCCCGAUGGCCAGACCCUCUCCUUGAGCCCCCAUGCUUGGAAUAAAGUGGCCAAUUUGUUGUUUCUUGAUUCACCAGCUGGUGUUGGUUUUUCAUACUCAAAUUCUUCAUCUGAUCGAAGAACUGGUGACAAAAGAACAGGAAAUGAUGCCUAUAAAUUCUUGAGAAGGUGGUUUGAAAGGUUCCGUCAGUUUAAGUAUAGAACUUUCUACAUUGCUGGUGAAAGCUAUGCAGGUCAUUAUAUCCCCGAGCUAUCGAAGAUCAUCGUCGAUCGUAACAAAGGCGUCAACAACCCCAUAAUCAACUUCAAAGGUUUCUUGCUUGGGAAUCCGUUGAUCGAUGAUUUCUACGACAACAUCGGGACGUUUGAGUUCUGGUGGAACCACGGGUUGGUCGGGGACUCGACCUACGCUCAACUCAACGAGUCUUGCCCUCGGGACUCGUUCCUAUUCCCUUCGGAUGAUUGCUCCACAGCUCUCUCCUCGGCUUACUCCGAAUUCGGAAACAUCAAUCCCUACGCCAUCUACCAAAGCCCUUGUGAUCAGCUUGCCACCCUCAACAAAGCUCCCUUGCCUUGGAAGUUUAGAGGGAACGAUCAAUGCGUUGUCAAGUACACGAAGUUGUAUAUGAAUAGAGCAGAUGUGCAAAGGGCUUUACAUGCCAACAUAACUGGAAUCCCUCACCCUUGGGUCACCUGCAGUGACGUCAUAAGAGGGGGAUGGACGGAUUCACCCAGAUCAAUGCUUCCAAUUUUUCAACAGCUCAUUGCUGCAGGCCUCAGAAUAUGGGUAUUUAGUGGCGACACAGAUGCAGUAUUGCCAUUAACUGCAACACGUUAUUCCCUCAAAGCUCUGAAUCUACAAGUCAAUACCACUUGGCAUGCUUGGUAUGACAAACAUCAGGUUGGAGGGUGGACAGAAACAUAUGAAGGACUAACCUAUCUCACAGUAAGAGGGGCAGGGCAUGAAGUUCCAUUAACUCAGCCUAAGCUUGCUUUAACUCUAUUUAGGCAUUUCUUAGCCAAUAAAAUGUUGCCCAUGACACCUAAUUAACACAUAUUGUAUUCUUUUUUGCUGCUAAUUUCGCAUUUUUUUUCUGAGCAAUUAUUGAAGUUUUGGAUUGUAUUUAUCAUUUU